AUGGCAGACAUCGCAAAGGACAACAAGGGCCCGACCAACGUGUCGCACCUCGAGACGACCCACAGCUACGACGACGGGCUCGCCCACAAGGCCGAGCACGGCGUUGUUGACGAGUACGUCGUCGACCCCGUGCUCGAGGCCAAGCUCGUGCGCAAGAUUGACAUGCACAUGCUCCCCAUGCUCUGGGUGUGCUACAUGUGA